CAAUCUCUCGCGGCAAACGCAUUCAACAAUAACUCUCCUUUUCUCUCUCUCUCUAAAAAUCUCAGCUAGGGCUUUUGGGGUACAAAUCGAUAUGGCCGGUGCGGGAAUUCACCCCUACCAUCAGCAAUGGGCGCCGGCAGCCGCCCCGCCUCCUCCUCCGGCCGUCGUCGCGGCCGCCCCUCCACCUCCACCUCACCACCUCGUCGACAACCCGAACCGACCCGCCAACGACGAGGUCCGCACCAUUUUCAUCACCGGUCUUCCCGAAGAUGUGAAGGAGAGGGAGAUACAGAACCUCCUCCGAUGGCUGCCGGGCUACGAGGCCUCCCAGGUCAACUACAAAGGCGAGAAGCCCAUGAGCUUCGCGCUCUUCGCCACUGCUCAGCAAGCUAUCGCUGCCAAAGACGCUCUUCAGAGUAUGGUUUUCGAUACCGAAUCGAAGGCGGUGUUGCAUACGGAGAUGGCAAAGAAGAAUCUUUUUGUGAAAAGAGGGAUUGUAGGGGAUUCAAAUGCUUAUGAUCAAAGUAAACGAUUGCGUACUGGUGACUACACACAGGCUGGUUAUUCCAGUCCGGUGCCUUUUCAUCCGCCACCGCCACCUGUUUGGGGACCACACGGGUAUAUGGCUCCACCACCUCCUCCAUAUGAUCCAUAUGGUUAUCCUGUUGCUCCAGUACCAAUGCCCCCUUCUGCUCCUGUACCAGCACCCAGCAGUUAUGUACCUGUUCUGAACACAAAAGAUAAUCCACCAUGUAAUACCUUAUUUAUUGGCAAUCUAGGAGAGAGCAUUAACGAGGAAGAACUGAGGGGCCUAUUCAGCUCACAACCUGGAUUUAAGCAAAUGAAGAUCUUGCGACAGGAAAGGCAUACUGUUUGCUUCAUUGAGUUUGAAGAUGUAAACAGUGCCACUGCUGUACACCACAAUUUUCAAGGUGCUGUUAUCCCCAGUUCUGGUUCUAUAGGCAUGAGAAUACAAUACUCAAAGAACCCGUUUGGUAAAAGGAAAGAUGGGAACUACUCUGGUGCUGUCCCUGCUGCAAAUGGAGCUCCACCAGCUAUGACAUACCAGUAGCUUGAGGGGGAUGUACUCUGUUCCUUAUGCUACCGACAAACACAACCACAUGAUAGGAUGCAUCUUGCAGCGCAUGCAUCCAUUUCAUAGUCACGUCAUCAGCAUCAUUAUCUCUCUUCAUGUGAAUGAAUGCACAGUGGCAUCAUGAACAUACCAUUUGGUCAUGUUAUACUGAUUUAAGACAUGCAUUUAUAAUCAGUGUGUGUUAAUUCCUGGAUAUUAGGGGCUAAAUUACUGUUAUCACCUGUAGGAUGAGUAAUGCAUGGGUCUCCUGAUUUGUUGGA